AAAUCUCUCGUCGUCUCGAUAUUUAACGGCCCUUUCUCCAGAAGAAAUAUUUUAACAUGUAUCUGCCGAAAUUUUGAUGAUCAGAUAACGCAUCAGAAACCCCUCAAUACAAUCUUUUUAGUUUGGUUGCAAGAUGUCUUUUGGCGAUGGAUGCAAUAUAGAUUACCUUGCAGUAGCAAACGAAGUCCCGGAACCUCAGGAAUCACAGUUGAAUGAAGUGGGAUGCUCCCAAGAGGGAAUGCAUAUGACAGUGCAUGACUCUUUGGUCAAGGAGUUUCAACUACUUGAUCCACCAGAAUUUACGGGGUCUUCGGACAUAGCUGUAGCAGAAGAGUGGUUUAGCGAUAUUGAGAAGAAACUAGCUUUAAUGAGUGCUACUGAUGAGCAGCGAGUAAUCCUUGCUACUGAUAUGCUUAAGGGAGAGGCAAGUCAUUGGUGGGAUAUAAACAAAUACACUGUGGUCAGUGAAGGAAUGACAUGGAGAGAAUUUGUGGAUUCCUUCUUGGAAAGAUAUUAUCCUUUUUCAGACCGGAACAUGAAAAAGAUUGAACUCAUGCGACUUGUUCGAAAGGAGUUUUGGGAUAGAGUGGAUAACAAAAUUGAGAAAAGGAAAGCAGGCAAGUCUGUUCAGAAACCACAAAAGAAGAAACAAAGGAAAUGGCCGCUUGCUAAUUUAUAUAGCGAGCCGAUAGUCACUACUGAAGAAAAGAUUUGUUUUGCUUGUAAGGAGAGUGGUCAUUUGGUGAAGAAUUGUCCAUCAAAGAUGCAAGACCCUAAGACCAAGUUCUCCAUUUCUAGUUCCACUCCCGAUCCCAGUUGCAGUUCCACUCUCAAUCCUAAUCCCAAUCCUAGUUCCACUCUCAGCCCCAACCCCAACCCCAGCCCCAACCUCGACCCCAAUCCGAGCCCGACUCUUAAUUCCAAUUCCAGUCACAGCCACUCUCCCACUUCCAAUACCAAUCAUGAGCAGAAAUCUCAAAAAAGACUGGAGCGUUUACUCAGGUGGAAGCAACAACAGCAGCAACAACAACAACAACAUCUGCAGCACCCACGCAAGCUGCGCGCGAUAAAUGAUCAGAAACUGCAGCUGCAACGAGAACGCCAACAAAGAAGGCAACUGAGAAGGCAACAAAAAUAUCAACAACCUGAAGUUGCACAUGUGGAGGUUAAUAUGGAGGACUUUUGGGAAAGUGAGAAGAAGAGAAAAAUGGGAAAGACCAAGCUCAGUCCCAGCUGGCAGCAACACCACCAACAACAUCAUCAGCCUUACAUUGUGCCUCAGACAGCUCUAGCAGUAGAGGGUCAGCUACUCUGUUUCCGGUGUCAACAAAUUGGUCAUUACAAGAAAGAUUGUCCAUUGAAAGUAGAGGGUCAGAUAUUCUGUUACCGGUGUAGGCAAACUGGUCAUUGCAAGAAAGAUUGUCCAUUGAAGCUCCAGCAACAGCCAGCUCUAGCGGUAGAGGGUCAGGUACUCUGUUUCUACUGUAGGCAAACUGGUCAUUACAUGAAAGAUUGUCCAUUGCACCUGCAGCAACAGCAGCUAAGCAUAUAGAUAAAACAGAUAUUUUAGUUACUUGAAAGUUUUCCAAUAUAACUUGAAUGUAGUAUUUUCUUGUUUACGGACGUAGCCUAUAUUUUAUCCCCACAGUGAAAAUUUUCUGGCUCCGUCACUGAGCUGCAACGGGUAACAUGUCCAACAAAUGCGACUUUUUAGGAUUCUACUUUUCUUUCUUGUAGAUUUAGUUUUACAUGUAAUGUAUAUAGCAUAAUAAUGUGGUAUUUCUCGCAUUACAUUGUCCUCGUA